UAGUUAGCUAUUUAUACUAUAGCUGUAGUGCAUGUGUUGUGUGUUGUUAUACUAGUAUUUGUUUUUGUUGUUUACAUUAUAUACAGUAUAUCCCUAUUAGUUGUCAGUUUUAUAACUUAAUGGCAGUCCAUCAGUGGUUAGGGUUGUCGUCCUUGUCGUCAUCGUCUUUGUUGUCGUCGUCAUCACCACUGAUCCAAUCAUUCAUAUCCUGUCUCUUCUAUUUGAUGAUCGUAUUCUGUAUUUUGCAAACAUUUUAUCCGAUAUUUAUGAUCAUAAAUAUGUGGCUGAGGAGGGCUAAUGUCUUUUACCACUACUUUCAUAAGGUGGACGAAAAAAGUUUACGUCACGGCGGCGAACUGGUGGCCAAAGUUUUGCAAUCGCAUGGCGUCGAACAUAUCUUUACCUUAUCCGGCGGACACAUUGCACCCAUACUGACUGCAUCGGAAAAACUUGGUAUUCGUGUAGUGGACACACGACACGAAGUGACUGCAGUGUUUGCCGCCGAUGCUACUGCUCGCCUGUCGGGCAUACCGGGCGUUGCCGUUGUAACCGCUGGUCCAGGGGUUACCAAUACAGUGACGGCCGUGAAAAAUGCACAAAUGGCCGAAUCGCCGAUCAUAGUGUUGGGCGGCGCCGCCGCUUCCUUACUCAAAGGCAGGGGUGCCCUUCAAGACAUCGACCAAAUUUCACUGUUCAAACCGAUCACAAAAAUGGCCAUUACUAUCACCAGCGUCCGUGACAUUGUUCCCAAACUACGCGAAGCAUUCAGAGUUGCCCAGAGCGGUACACCCGGACCCGUAUUUGUCGAACUGCCCGUCGAUGUACUCUAUCCGUAUCAGAUCAUCAAGAAAGAGAUUAUGUCCCGUUCAUCCAACAAACGACUAGUGGGCAAAGUUAUCAAUUGGUAUACGAAAAACUAUUUGCAGAAUCUAUUUGCCGGUGCCUUCGACCAGGACCAGCCAACACACCCGGUUCCCGUUGAUGUACCGUUUCCUAGCAAAUCCCAGAUUGCCAGUGCUCUAGAAUUGUUAUCGAAAGCCAAAAAACCGCUUAUCAUAUUAGCUUCGCAGUCAGUACUGCCGCCAAUCGGUGCUGAAAAGCUUAGGGCUGCCAUUGAAUCUCUGGGAAUACCCGUUUAUUUGGGUGGUAUGGCCCGCGGACUACUGGGAAAGUCGUCGCCAAUCCAAAUGAAACAAUGUCGAGGCGAAGCGCUGCGCGAAGCGGACGUCGUAAUAUUCGGCGGCGGUGUAGCCGACUUUCGUCUAACCUAUGGCCGUACGUUCUCGAAGAAGUCGAAAAUAAUUGCCAUCAAUCGAAAUAAGGAACAAUUGUACAAAAAUUCAAAGAUUUUUUGGAAUCCGGCACUGGCCAUCCAGGCCGAUGCCGCACAGUUUAUGGUCGAAUUGUCCCAACAACUGGCCGGUAGUGGCGGUUUCAAUGUAGACCCCGAUUGGAUCAAUACGCUACGCGAUCGGGAAACUCAGAAAGAGCAGAACGCCCGACAAAUGGCCGAAAACAUUCCCGACGAACACUUGAAUCCGUUAAAAGUUUUGCACGAUUUAGACAAAUCAUUAGAUGAUAAUACUAUUAUUGUUGCCGACGGCGGCGAUUUUGUCGGUUCAGCCGCUUACGUACUCCGUCCCAGAGGACCACUGCGUUGGCUGGACCCCGGAGCGUUCGGUACGCUCGGUGUUGGCGCCGGCUUCGCUAUCGGUGCCAAACUAUGCCGUCCAGACUCGGAUGUUGUGGUCGUUUUUGGUGACGGAUCGCUCGGCUAUUCGCUCAUCGAGUUCGACACAUUUGUCAGACAUAAAUUACCAAUAAUAGCAGUGGUCGGCAACGAUGCCUGUUGGACACAGAUAGCCCGCGAACAGAAGCCAAUGUUGGGCGCCGAUACCGCAUGCAAUCUGGCCUACAGUGACUAUCAUAAAGCAGUUGAGGGUUUGGGCGCCCGAGGAAUGGUAUUAGGAGCCGAUGAUAGAGAUCGCCUACAGGAAGCAUUUGAAGAGGCCAAAACGGCUAGCCGUAGUGGACAACCAUUUCUACUCAACGUAUUGAUCGGUAAAUCUAAGUUCCGAGAUGGAAGCAUUUCGGUCUAAUAAAAAUCAGUUUCGGUUUAAUUUCGGUUUAAAAAAUAAUCAAAUUAUACUGUAUUUAAGUUAAAAAGGGAUUUUAUAUUUUUAUAUAUUUAAUAUACUUUAUUUAAAUGGUAUUUUUUGAAGUGCAAUUGUUUUUUUGAAAUAUUUAAUUUUGAUGCA